AUGUCAGGCAUCGAGGUAGCGGGCGCAGUCCUCGCGGUCGUUCCUGUUCUCAGGUCAUCCAUCAAUUUCUUCAAGCAUGUACCGAAAGGCAAGUUGCCAGAGACAUUCGAAGACGUGAGAUCUCGACUACCCCUUAUCCUUGUUACCCUCCAAGCGUGCAUGAAAUACGAAGAAAAGGUUAAGACCUUGAUGGACCCGGAGAAUCGCAAAGCUUUAGAGGACAGCCUUCAUCAUUGCGAUGAAAAGGUGCGAGAUUUGAGAGAGAUAUUAGAAAAGGUCAUCCCCAGUGAAAGAGAUGCCUGGAAAAGAUAUCUAAAACUGGCCCGGGGACUUGGUAAAGAAAGAAUGGUCGAAGAACUCAUGUUGUCAAUAACUGACAAUGUGCAAAUUAUUGCAAACACCGUCGUACUCCAUUCUACUUUUCUAGGGGACAAGACUGAGCGCGAAGACAUUAUCAAAGAGAUGAAGUUAGUAAAAUGCUUAGGGCACGAGGAACAACUCGAAAGCUCGAGCAAUACUUUCAAAAGCGGCAAAGGUGCACAGGCAGAUAAUGUCCUCUCUGCGAGUGGGCAACAAAUUAAUGAUGAUGAAGAUCUUCACGCCCAGAAGUCCGUUAUCAAGCAGAAAGGUUAUUAUUCCAACUACAAAGGACCCGUCGGUGCCCACCUCGACUACGCACCUCAUAUUGCUCCGGAAUCGUUUAUCGCGCGUGACUUGGAGCUUGAUGAAUUGAGACAGAUCUUGGAACCAGGCGAUGUAGCCCUAAAACAGCGGCUGUUAGUUAUUGGCGGUAACCCGGGUGCUGGCAAGACGCAGCUUGCCAUUGCUUACGCGCAACGCCACCUUGAAAACUACGAAUCUAUUCUUUGGGUAAAUGCAGAAUCUGAAUUGAAGCUUAGAAACUGUCUUCUAUCGAUCGCAAGACAAAUUUUUGAUUUACAAGAACCGACAACGCUUGCGAAUGAGGAUAUUCUGAUUCUUACUCGCACGUGGUUAUCUGAUCCAAAAAACACACGCUGGCUAUUAAUAUUCGAUGACUAUGAUCAUUCUGAAGAAUUCAGAAUUGAGCAAUAUUAUCCGUCAGUCUCCCAUGGUUCUAUUGUCAUUACCACGCGACAGCCAGAUCUCGUCGCAGUCACAGCUAGAUGUGUGAGAACAACUCUAUGUGUGAAGCCUUUCCGGAUUUUGGUCACUGGGAUCCGGGCUUUAGGUCUUUCUAUCGCUACAAUACCGCUUAUCAUACACUAUCUCGAUGCGCUUGUGCAUGAAACGGGACAUAUGGGAAAAAUGAACCUUUUGUGGGGUUAUCCAAAGGAUUUUGCACGCUAUUCGAGCGAGCUAGCAAUGUACCACGCAAUUCUGCUGGACACAGCAGAACGCGUCCUAGACGGAAUGGUGGAAAGCGAACAUGAGGUAUUAAACCUCAUGAAAAAUCCACUGAGCGACGAAUGGGAAGAUCCGAUUUUGGAGAGGCAGCUUCGUAUAGAACUUGGCCGAAACUAUGAUGUUUUCGAAGCGAACACAAGGGGCCUCUGGGAGCGGCUCGAUCGGCUUUCUACGAACAUGGGUAUUAGCGAGAAUAUGAAAAAGCCCAUUAGCACUGAACUUCCAAGUAUUAGGUCAUUGCGAAAAGUCCUUUCGCAAGACGUAUACGAGGACCUAAUAGAAAAUCUUCGUGCGACAGCUUCUAUUCGCAUCGCUUUGGAACGUUCAAACUUUGCCACAAACGUUUUAAUUUCAAAUGAGUUGGGCAUGGAGGGAUACGAAACCAAGGCGAAGUAUGAAGGCGGGGGAGAUUUUCCUGAAUCCGAACUUGGAUCUGAAACAGAUGGAAUAUCAACUCCGAACUCGCUGGACGCGGAGGGAGGUGAAAUCAAAACGAAGGAUGAGAAUGGUGAAGCUUUUCCUGAAUCCGACCUUGGAUCUAGAACAGAUGGAAUAUCAACUCAAAUUUUCAGCUCUGUUCAUCAAGGUACCAAUACCUUCACAGAAGACACUUCAUUGACUCAUAAAAGUGGUGCACCGGGUAAUUUUAAAAGGAGGACCGACGAAAACCACGCCGAGAACGUUGAAGGACUGUAUGAUUCACAAACACAAUACUCUGCGUCGGAUACUUCAAGUUUACCACCCCCAGAGGGUAGCGGAUACAUGAUCAGCCUUGCAAAAGAAUUGUUUGAUGCAGUCAGAUCUUCCCAGUCUAACGAGGAAACCAUGAAGCAUGUUUCUGGAAUGCUCCCGGACCUAUUAAGAGCCUUUGCGCUUAAAAUGGGAUACAAAGCGGGGACGAGAAUACAACUUGAUAUUUCUUUCUUUGUGCAUAGAUAUCGCAGCCGUAUCCAGACUUUUUUUGAGGACAUGCUACCUCUCGAGAUUGACCCAGGACUGGUUUCCGAGAAGAUUGAGACUAGGCAGUUUGCAAUAGAUCGGUUUUUGUUGGAACCUGAGACUGUACAUGGCAAUCCAGGAGAAGUGUCUAGCCUGAUCAGCCCAGAACCAGAAGAUUACGAUGACGCUUUCGAGGAUGACAUGGAGUCAGAGCCCGAUACUGGUCCCUAUCGUGAAUUCAUUUUAGGGACAUCAGCAUAUUCCUGGCUCAUUGCAACAUUGCAGAAGGAAGCAAUCAUCACGAGAUCAUCUCCGGACAUCAUGGAUGAAAUUGGGAAAGGGAUUUUGAAGGCAUUACCAUCCUUUCACAAAGUCAGCAGAAGACAGCCUUCCCAGGGGUAUAGAGGAAUCUUCGAGUUAGAUUGGGAUCUUCUGCAUUUUCUGGAGCAGCAGUCUACUGACCCACCGCAUGAAGCGGUAAAGAAGGCAAUUACACUAACAGGAACGUCGAGUGAUGGACAGGCAAUAACAACUGGAGCAUACCUUUCACAAACCUGGCCCACAACAGGGGAUAUUGUGAUGCAGCUUGUUGUAGAUGUCGUGAAGAAUACUGACCACCAAGCGAUGACCACCUUCCCAGAUGGAACAAGCGUUGACGUAAAGAUUCGAGAGAGCAAGUUCAUAGUCAUAGCUUCCGGAACAGGUGACUCCUUGGCCGAGGUUGCUCAACAAUUUGCAUGGCUUGGGUCAGCACUUCAACCAUCACAUGUUGAUUACGGUGUGGUCUCCUGCACCCCUUUCAUCCGAAGCAGUCGGCGUCUUACAAGUAAAUCUUUUUCAACAAUAUUACCCGGUGUACUGCCUAGCCUUGAGUUCCUAUAUGUCAUCGGGUUCAAAAUGGAGUCUUAUCCGAGUGGAGAGAAAUUGCCUGGGCAAUGCUGGCAUGAUAUGUUCAGAAACCCUGUUGUUGUUAGAGGAUAUCCUAUCUUGACCAAGAAGGAGGAUGGCCUAGGGCUUGAGAUGCCACUUAACAUGAUGGCUGGGCUCACUGAGUCGGACCGAGCAACCGAAUUUGAUGGGAAAGUCUUUAUAAAGGGAUUCUCAGUAAUGCUGGUGGCCACAAAGAUUGUGGAGGAUCUCCUAGUUUGGCACUAUUUCUAUAAUUCGGAUGGUAGUCGAAUCUCCUACCUCGACCAAUCUCUUCAAGGAGUCGAGAAAAUCAGCCUGAUUCAGCUUGAGACAUAUCGGCAUGUUGUGGGGUGGUGCGUGGAUUGCAAAUAUAAUGCUGGAGCGGAGAAUGCGCAGUAUGAUAUAGGCGGAACAGGUCUUCCCCAGCCUCAUGCCGGCUGCAUGCUCGACAAGGUGUCUUUGUCAGGGGGCAAAAUCAUAACGGGCGGGCUUUCAUUCUCGAUAUUUUUGAGAGAUAAUCCACCCCACCUUGCUCGAAAUGGAUAUGUUCUCAAGCUCAAAUGGAUAUACACCAAAUACGUUAUGUUAUGGGAUGAGAAGGACAAGCGAGGUUGGCUUGUUAACGGAAUCAGUGCAUUGCUUCAUCUCGUGCGGGCUUCCCUUCGUCAUUAUAGCAAAGAUGAUUUUUCGUCGGCAUUUUUAUUUGACUUCGAGAAAAUGAUGAAUUCGAACGAACUCAAGCCAAAUUCUGCCAUCAAAGUUCUCCUCCAUGAAGGCAAUAAGGAACUUGAGAUUUACCCAGGCAAAAGCGAACGAUCUGAAGAAGAGGAAAUAAGCUCUCCAAAAAAUAAUACGGGUUAUUCAAAGACCCAAAAGAAAAAACGUGGUUAUUAUCUGUUCGAGGAUCUCGUUGAGCAGCAUUUCACAAUCUUAGAGCAGAUUAUAGAAUAUCAUGCUCACAAAGCGGGGGAAAAUGGAGUGAAUCUCAAGCUCAGAGUACGAAAGCACCUAGAAGGAUGGGACUUCGUGGAACUAGCGACAGAUCACGACCCAAGGCCCCGUGUUGCAACACUGGAAGCUAUGGGGUGGGGCUGGGUAGACUUCAUUCGCUCCAUUGGUGCAGUAACACUGUUUGGCCGCGACUUUGGUGAAAUAAUUCAGCCUGUCGAUUUCGAUGGAAUGUGCCCUAGCUGGAAGAAACUUCCGACGCAGAAAUAUUAUCUCGCUGCGAGUGUCCGUGAAAUGAAGGAUAUUAUGGAGAAACAUGGCAAGGGAUGUAAUGGUCUUGACAAAUACUGCGGAGCCGGAAAUGUCGCAUUUAGCACAUUCGGAAAGAGACGGAACAAGAGCCAGAAUGAGGACCAGAACGAGAACGCUGAGACAUGA